AUGCAUGGAGACAUGCCUCAGAAGGAGAGAGAUGCUAUUACUCAAGAGUUUCGCAGUGGCAAUUCUCGUGUCCUCAUCACAACAGAUGUUUGGGCACGAGGCCUUGAUGUUCAGCAGGUUUCCUUGGUUAUCAAUUUUGAUCUUCCAAACACUCGAGAGCUGUAUAUUCAUCGGAUUGGUCGUUCUGGUCGUUUUGGGCGCAAGGGUGUGGCAAUAAACUUUGUCAAAAGCGAUGAUAUAAAGAUCUUAAGAGACAUUGAACAGUACUACAGCACCCAGAUUGAUGAAAUGCCGAUGAACGUUGCAGAUUUGAUAUGA